ACUUCCGUUAUUUUUCAGAAUGCUCAUUCAUUGGUCCGGUGCUUCACCGCUUGUCACUGCACUUGUUAAUUUGCGUGCCCAUCCUAAAGUCAUGGAUUAGGCCGUUGUCUGUUUGUUCAACAAAAUCGGAUCAAACACAGCGCAGUUACGACAGUGAGUGGACUUUAUUGAGGCAUAGCAGGUACAUCGUCAUCAUAGAUUAGGAAGCCAGUCAAGAUCUCCACAUUCACCUUCACUCGCAUAGAUCCUGGUCCUCCAUAGCACACAGCAGAAUGGGAUCCAGACAGGGUGAUAUACCAGCACUGGAGUCUGGUGUAUCGGGGGGAUUCUUUGGGGGGUUCUCUUCCCCCAUUGGUAUGUCCAGACGAGCCUUUAGCUAUGACGAGGCCCUGGACGCUCCCAUGCACUCCCCUCCCCCUGACAUGUGUGUCAACAACCCAUGGAAGGACCCUCUCAUCCCACAGAGGAAGUUCAAGAGGAUUGUUGAGGAGGACGAGAGUGGCACUGGCAGUCAGUUUAACGUGGCAACAGCAGCAGCACCGGUCAAGCCCACUGUCCCUGUGGUCAAGGCCAAAGCCUCCUCUCUCAUGAACACACUCAUGAUCAAGCAGACCCAGGAGAGCCUCCAGAGGUUUGAGCUCCAGGCAGGGCUAACAGAAGCUGGCUACACCCCCCACAAGGGCCUCUCUGCAGAGGACACACGAUUCCACCGCCUGGCUGAGGGGCAGAUGCCUAAGCUGAGAAUGCCAAGUGGGGACUUCAAGGAGGACAGGCUUUCGACAUCAGCUCAAUCCACCCCUUGUGGCACCCCUUCCGGGACCCCCUCCGUUACCCCCAGCGUCAGUCCCCACGGAUCACCGAUACUCAACCGCAGGAGCUGGUUCAACAGCCUGAGUCCAGCACCGUUUCUCACCACACCGGAGCUCGGCAGUCCUAACUUCAGCCCAGAAAUGGGAGGCAAUGAGGGAGGAGGAGCAGGAGGGGAGAGGUGGAGCUUCUUUGGAACUUCUCGCCCAGUAGUACAGAAGUCCUCUACUGACCCUGGUUCAGAAACCAACACAGGCUUCACUCUACAGUCGUACUUUGGCAUGCCAAAGUCCAACACCAUGGAAGGCAUUAAGACCCAGGUCAACCUCAUGGUGGAUGACCCUGCCAAGUUCAACCCCCCGAAGAUCGAGAUCAGCGGCAUCGAGGGUAAGAGACCCCCCCAGACUCGCCCACACAAACUCAAACCCCGGGACAUGAACGUCCUGACGCCGUCAGGAUUCUGAUACCCCCAGGAACCCCUUCUCCUGAAUUCUACCGACCCUCCUUGGUCCAAUUAAAGCACCAAAUGGAGUAUUUCCAACCACCUCGCCUCGAGGGUCACUUCUUCCGUUUCUGGGUGCUUUGGCAUAUGGUGCCCGGUUGCCAUUGUCGUCUACGAUGUCAUGAGAUUGAAAUGGUGGUUUUGAUGUCUCAUGAGUCACUGAACCAGUAUCUGUGCUUGAGGAAACCGUAAUGUCUCAUGAGUCACUGAACCAGUAUCUGUGCUUGAGGAAACCGUAAUGUCUCAUGAAUCACUAAACCAGUACCUGUGCUUGAGGAAACCGUGAAUAUGACGAGAUCUUCUCUGACGCUCAGGGUCCUUCAAGUCAAAGUCCCAUUAACCGGCUCUUCAAAUGUUAUGUCAAAAUACAUUCGGUACUCACCACAAUAUGGCGUUUUGCAGAGCAACUAUCGUCGUUACUGCCGUUACGCAUGGCGUUUACCUCCUAAAAAUGUAUUUCGCGAUACUGUACUGCUGCUGGAUCAGCUGACCUAUGCGUGGCAGUAAUGAGUCAUUGGAUUUGGCGCAUGCGCAUUUGGUCAAAAACAAAAUAUUUUUUAUUAUUUUUUACCUUUUUUGAAAGUACAUACUGUGUGUAACGGCAGUAUGAAGAUAGUUGCUCUGCGAAACGCCAUAUUGUGGUGAGUACCGACUGUAUUUUGACAUAACAUUUGAAGAGCCGGUUAAUGGGACUUUGACUUGAAGGAUCCCGGGCGUCAGAGGAGAUCUUGUCAUAUGGUCUCCUUAAGCCCAGGUACUGGUUCAAUCAGUCCCCUGCUCUGACUGACAAAAACUGCCAUGGUUCAUUAUAUUGAACUCCCUCUCGCUAAAAGCAUUGUACAGUCCCCAGCCAAUUCAAUUUCACUCAACUAGACUCCACCUCUGACAGUCUUAUGUUUUUGUAGUUUGAUAGUUUUGUAUAGUUAUUUUGGGGGGUGGGGCAGUGAUGUGGUCUUACUGAUGUUGUGCCUAAGCUUGCUUCUGACAUCUGCCAUAUCAGUUGACUUUUUAUUUGACAGUCUUAGUACUAUUACUUAAGUUCGUUAUUGGAUGAGAGUGUGGCUACUGCUAACCUGGAAUUUAAAAAUAAUAAUAAUAUAAAAUCCAGAUAUUAUGUUAUUGGUAUUAAAUGGUGUGUUAUGAUAUUUCCAUAUACAAGUCCGUAAUGCUUUAAGAAUAUAUUGAUAUAAAGGCCUAUACAUUGAAGUAGUCAUUUGAAAUGUGUUUUUUAUAUUAACUAUUAUUUUAGAAUCAAUGCUGUUUUUGCAAGAUGUUUAUGAAUUCCAAUAGUUUGUUGCACAAGGGAUAGCUUUUCCCACUGAAUUCAGCUGUAAAUAAACUCAACACAAACUAAAUUACU